AUGCAACGAAGGAGGAGUUCCAAGACCCCAAAGCAGCCUCUGCAUGUUCACCAUAAAAGCCAAACUGAUCUCUCUGCCUGGCGAAAAGGAGGGAAAAUUGACUCUGAAAAAAGUUUUCAGAAUAAUCAAUCUGCUAAUGAUCAGAACUAUGAGAGCCAGGAAGGGUCUCUAGAGCAAGCUUUGAGCUACUUUGAGAAAGCUCAAGACUGUGUUGCACUGAAGAAGAAGAGUGUUGUGCAGAAACACUUGGAUGCUGUGGAAAGCACUGCCCUGAAACAAGGGCUGCCCCCUGAAGGGUUUGAGAUACUGCUGAACGUGGUGCUCAGUGGCAGAUUUGCUGAUACAGUGAAUACUCGUUUAUUGAAGAGCCUGAUUCCUGCCUCAGUGAUACCAGAAAAUUCUGUGGUUACAGCUGUGUCUUGGCUCUGUGUUGGCAAAUGCUCAGGCAACAUCCAGCUGCUUUUUUUGAAGUGGCUGAUCACAGUGUUUGACUUCAUUGAUCACAAGGAACAGCUUCAUGCCCUCUAUGGUUUCUUCUUCUCCUUCCUGCAAGAUGAGAAGAUGUGUCCCUACGUUUGCCACCUGCUCUACCUGCUGACCAGGAAGGAAAAUGUCAAGCCUUUUCGGAUUAGGAUACUGCUUGACCUCCAAGCAAAAAUGGGAAUGCAGUCUCAUCUGCAAGCUCUGCUAUCACUUUACAAACUUUUCUGCCCAGAACAGGUGACCAUAACCCUUCCUGGGAAAAUGAAGACUUACUUCAAGAACUCAGAGGGCCCAUGGAAAGCAGCAAUCACUGCAGUAAGGCAGAGAAACCAAGGAACCUCUCCCCUGUCCCAAGCAGUGUUUUUAGGCACAUCUCAACCUCAGUCACGAAAAAGGAAAUGGAAUGCCCAGUUGGUUAUACCUGCAAGCAGUGCAAACACAAAUCAUUUAGAAGAGGACAGAGAAAAGAACUGGUUUUAUUUGUACAGUCCAAACGAGUCUUUUCCAGUGGAGCAGCUGCAGACCUUCCCUCAGCUCCUACAGAAUAUCCACCGUCUAGAGUUUCCUUCCCAGAUGGGUUCAGUAUUGACAAACCCCUUAUUGCUUCACUACAUGAAUUGUGUGAAAGAUGAAUCUAUUUACCUGAGGCUCUACUAUUGGAUGGGCCAGAGGCUCCAGGAAGAAUGCACCUGGUGUGUGGUUGAUAACCCAUAUGAAGAAGAAUUCAAGAGCUUCCUGGAAACUGCUUACAAGGCAGAAUGUUUCUUGCAGGAGGGAUUUUCUGCCUGUGAAGAGUUCCUGUAUAAGACCCUUCCUCUCUGGGAUGGUAUCUGCUGCCGCUCAGAAAUCCUGAGGCUCGUGAGUUGGAUCCCCCUCAGCAGUUUCUCUGACAUUAAGCCAUAUCUCUUUGAUCCCCUGGCACAGCUCUUUUUCACAUCAUCUAUUUACUUUAAGUGCAGUGUUCUUGAGAGCCUGAAGGAGCUGUUGCAGAACUGGUUAAAUUGCAAUGUGAUUCAAAUGGAUUUGGAGAUUUCUUCUGUGAACACCACCCUGUGUGGGCUAGUGAACGUGGUGGCUGAGCUGGUUCACUUUGUGGGAUGGAUCUCUACUGUUGCACUGCGUUUGGAGAACAAUUCCACCUUCCUGCUCUACUUCAUUCUGGAUUUCUAUGGCACUGUGUGUGACAUGUACCUGAAGUACAACCUACCUUUGCUGAUAAUGCCUCCUGCUGGGGUUUUCUACCCAGCACUGCUCAGCAUGGAUUCUGUCAACUUGAAUCAGCUCUGCUACAUUAUGUACAGGUAUCGAACCAACUUAGUGGCUGCAAAAGAAAAUGAGCUGAGUAAAAAGAAAAUCCUGCAGUUCAAGUUCAGUAGCCAGACAUACCAAGAGUACAACCAGUACAUAAUAGCUAUGGUGGGCUGUCUGUGGACAUCCAGUGCAUUCAAGAAGGAUAUUCAUCCUCAAGGCCUUUGUAUGGAUGAUAAACUGCUGAGUAAAACUGCAGUGAAGGAAUUAAAAACCAGCUUUAACAUUGUCUAUCAUCCAGCCAUGAUGGGCUACUCUGUUCAAUUCCUGCAGCAGAUUUGUCCUGAUGAUACCACCUUCAACUUCAAAUUAAUUAAGGGGAAGAAGUGGGACUGGUAUCUGGAAUAUCUCUACACCCAGGGUUUGAAAGGGCUGAAGGUCUUCAUUGAGAGCAGCAUCAGUCGGGUUUCCCAGGCUGCUCGCAGCCAGGCAGGCAAUGUGGAAGCGUGACCUGGGGCUCACUGCAGUUCUUCUGUCAUCUGGAGCAGACUUGCAGACU